AAAAUUACAGCUGUUGAAUUUUGAACGAAAUAUUCAGAAGAGCGACAAAGUGCAUAGUGGGACUGAGUAAAGCUCGUAUCAGAACUCUAAACAAAUGAAAUGUAGGACAAGGCAAUUUGAAUAGCGACAAAAAAGGAAGAGACGGAUUUCCAUGUACAGUAUAUAUAUACAACUGCGGACGGGGAACGGAGACAAGGUAGCGCAAAACCCAACAUGCUCACUAGCAUACGGGGGCAUAAAAGAAACCGGAAUAAGAGGCGAGAAAAAAGCUAUGGAAACAAAAAUUGAAAUGAAACAACACAUACAACGAAAAAUAACACCGAAAACCGAGGUACAAUAGGGAAGGAGAAAACAUUUAUGCAUCAACCAUCCACGACACGCAUAGACGGAGGUCACCAAACUAGAGCAUAGCCACAGAACCUUCACUUUUGGACUUACGCAUCAUCCC